GCAACUGUGUUGUUAGUGAUGUAUGUUGAUGGAGCGAAAGGCAGGACAUUUGACAAAGUCUGUGCAAGAGAUCGCUGGAUCUUUGUUCUGGAUAAAGGUUGUGGGACUAGGAAAUGAAGGUGUAGGGAAGACCUGCCUUGUCAAGAACUUUUGCGAGAAAAAGUUUUCAAAAAGUUACCACCCAACAGUAGGAGUUGAUUAUGGCUUCAAGUUGCACAAAAUCAACAGCACAGACUACAGAAUUAACUUCUGGGAUUUUGGAGGUCAUACAAAUUAUGAUGAAAUUAGAGUUGAACUCUAUGGCCAAACACAGGCCUGUAUUCUGGUGUUUGAUGUUACAAACAAGCUGUCUUUUGACUCUCUGGACUAUUGGCUACAAGAGUUUACCAGUAAUGGAGGCAAACAAGCAAUAGUAGCUGUGGUGGCUAACAAGACUGAUCUUUCCUCUAAAAGAGUUGUAAGUAGCAAAGAUGGGCAGAGAUGGGCCAAGUCACGUGACUUAAGGUAUUAUGAAACAUCUGCAGCCACAGGUCAGGGUGUUCAGGACAUGUUUAGUGGGGUGUUAACAGCAGUGGCAGAGGGGAAGCUAGUGAAGGCCAAGCCAGUUGUCAGUGCUGAGCAAAGUUCCAGUAAACAUAAAUAAAAAAAAAUCAAUAAGAACCAGUUCUGUAAAUAACAUAUUUCAGGGCUCGACACUAACAGUGGCCUACUAGCCACAGACUAGUAGAAAUUCAGUUCUG